CACGCUGCCCAGCGAAUCCACAGCUCAUAAUAACUCACGCCUGCCAAAAAUAAAUAAAUAAUUUCGCUCGCCUGUGCAGCCCCCCUCCCCCCUUCGCUCGCUGCCGUUCUUCUCUCCCCUCCACCCGCCGCCGCCGCCGCCGCUGCCGUAUUCUCUGCCCCAUCCGAUGGCUUCUGCUAGGGGUUUGAUGCCUUGCUUCUGAUGAUUUGCUACUAGUUUGGUGCUGUCCAGCAGAUGGAAGACCGUGGAGCGUUCGGGACCAAGAGGUCGCGCAAUGACGUGUCUGUAAGGGAGGGUGACUGGAAUUGUCUUCAGUGUGGUAAUGUCAACUUCAGUUUUAGAAAUGUUUGCAACCGUGGAGCCUGUGGUGCACCUCGUCCAUCACCGAGUCCAAGCCCAAGAAUGAUGCCAGCGCCUGCUGGUGGUGGAUAUGAUCGAUCACCUCUAUUUUACGGUAGCACUGGUGCCCCCCCGCCUCACAUUCCUCUUGGAUCAGCUAGCUAUGGUGCUCCAUAUCCGCAUGUUGGAAUGCGGUAUGGUUAUGGUCCACCAGUUGGACCUCAUGGCUCAUAUGGUCUCAUUUCUUCUUAUGGCCAACCUGGUCCAAUGGGGGGGAUGGGUUAUGCCCACGGACCUGAGUUGGGUCGAUAUGGACCUGAGUUGGGUCGAUACGGCUAUGGAUUUAGAGGAUCUCCAAUGCCGGUUUCUAGCCCAUGGCCUGAUGGAGCAUUAGUGGAAAAUAAUGACAGCACUGCUUCACGAAAGCGGCGUGGAGGCCCAGAUGGACUGUCUGAGGGUGACUGGGAAUGCCCCAAGUGUGGUAAUGUAAAUUUUGCCUUCAGAAACACUUGCAACAUGAAGAAAUGUGAAGAACCAAGGCCGACUCCUGGAGCUAAUUCGAGCUCGUCGACUCGCAAAGACAAAGAUGCCCCAGAAGGGAGCUGGACCUGUCCGGAGUGCAAGAACCUGAACUACCCCUUCCGCACAGUGUGCAAUCGGAAAGGGUGCUCAUGUAGUAAGCCAGACUCAUCAAGCAACUAGUCCUAGCUUCUCAACCGUGAUGAGAACUAUCGUUGAAGCAUUGUUGUACCCUAGCUAUACAAGCUUACUAUAAACUGCACAGAUGUGUUUUCUAUUCCCUGCGAACAAGCAUUCAUAUCGACUAUGCAACUUCCAGGAAAAUAUUGACCUGCUAAAUUCGUGCUUUACUGUUU